UAGCUUGUCUCGGCCCAGCAGCCUCUGCCUCCGUGGGGAUGCUUGCAGGAAUUGGGCGGUACUUAGGCCCUGGGUAGCCACCUAGAGUUCUCUGUCAACUGUAUCUGACUGACAUGCUUGCUCACUGCUCUGUCGCCGAUCUGCCUGAUCCGCACGAUCGUCGAGUUCCUCGCUGCUGGAACCUUGUUGAGUGAACUCUGCCUCCUGCCACCAUGAAUCCGUUCUCUCACCAAGAGGCGGACGACUGGCCCCUCCCUGCCAGUCGACGAGAGAGCACCGUCUCGUCCUCAACGCGCUCAUCUGGCUCUCUCAGCUUCGUCUCCUCGCCUCCUUUCUCGCCCUCGCUCAGUCCGUCAACAUAUUCCACGCCCGGGUCGCGACCGCGGGAGGGCUCCGUCAACGAUGAAGUCGCCCGCCUGCCCCUCAAUCCGGCUGUCACAGUGUCGUUUGUCCGGAGCAAUCGGCUGUUCAAGCUGCGGUACUCGUUUAUCAACAUCCGCAAGGACUUUACCGGCGCGCUGAAGUGCCUCGAGCUGGGCGGCGCCGUCGGGCAACAGAAUGCCUUUCUACACAGCUUCAAUACAACCCGCCUCCCCGUCCCGCACCUCGAACACCCCAAAAUCGGCACCGAGCCGUCGCUACGCAUCUCCUUCCUCGAGGAACAGACCGUCCAGACCGGCACAACCGUCUUCGCAACCCAAAUCUCCUACACUUUCGAAGACUGGACCGACUGCCUGCAGUUCCAGGAACUCAUCCUCGCCUCAAAGCUGGCCUUCAUCGCCGGCAUCGCAGAGGCCAAGUCCAAAGGCCGGGGCGAGGAAUGCAUCAGCCAGAACCUGCGCAUUCUGCGCGGGAAUAGCGGCAAGCUGGUGAUGCUCUUCUUUGCGAAUUCGCAGCGCAGGGAGCGUAAGCGAUACGUGUCUAUUCCACUCAGCUGCAUUGACAGCGUCACCCCUGGCAAGAACUCCCGCCGGCCGGUGGUUCUCCAGCUGCAGCCCAACUUCGACCAUCUGGCGGUGAUGAAGACGCUGCAGAUCCAGUUUCUAGACAGCGAUGAUCAAAAAGCGUUUGUUGAAUUCCUGGCAGCAAAUAGCCGGUGACUGCUCCUUUCCUUCAUUUCUUCUUGUUUCACUGUUAGAUUAGCAUGGAUACCAGGAUCGGUUUCGGGUUGAUGGCAUGGGCGUUCUUUACUGUAUUAUUCUCUAUACCUAAUGAGAUGACGAUGUGAAUCACGGCAUGA